UCAGGCUUCUAUAAAAUGCCCACUUGUCUCCGGCACAGUCACUCCUCGGAGACUCUCCACCUGUGCUCGCCACCUGCAGCUCAGCUCCACCUCCAGCCUCUCGCCAUGCCUGUCUCUCGCCAAAGCAGCAGCUACAGCGCCCGCAGCAUCACCAGCGCCCGCAGCGUCUCCAGCGCCAGCGCCAUCAGCAUGGGCGGAGGGAUGCAGCUGGUCGGGUCCGGGCAGACCCGCAUCUCCAGCGGGUCCUUCCAGAAGCGCGCGCCCAGCGUGUACGCGGGCGCGGGAGGCACCGGGACCCGCAUCUCCCAGUCGGUCUUCAGCAGUGGGUCAAUGUCCUACGGCGAGACCGCGGUGAUCAACAACGAGAAGGUGACCAUGCAAAACCUCAACGACCGCCUGGCCUCCUACCUGGAUAAGGUGCGCUCCCUGGAGGCAGCCAACAGGAAGCUGGAGCUGCAGAUCAGAGAGUUCUAUGACAAGAGAGGUCCCAGCGUCUGCAGAGACUUCACAACCUACUUUGCCACCAUCCAUGAUCUCAGCGCCCAGAUCCAGAGGAAGCGUUCAGAGAAUCAGAGUGUCCUCCUGCAGAUUGACAAUGCUCAACUGGCCACAGAGGACUUCAAAAUCAAGUAUGAGACGGAGAUGAACAUGCGUGUGAAUGUGGAGGCCGACGUGACUCGUCUCCGAGGGGUCCGGGACAGCAUGACUCUCUGCAUCAGUGACCUGGAGAUGCAGAUAGAAGGUCUGAAGGAGGAGCUGGCAUACAUCAAGAGCAACCACGAGGAGGAGAUGCGCCUGCUGAGGGUCCAGCAGUCCGGCACAGUUAAUGUAGAGGUGGACAGCACAGAGUCUGUUGACCUGACGAAGGUCCUGGAGGAGAUGAGGGAGCAGUACGAGUCUGUGGUGGUGAAGAACAAGCUGGAGCUGGAGAAGUGGUUCAAAGCGAAGGUGGACACUCUCCAGACGCAAAUCAUCACAAGUUCAACAGAGGUGAAGACGUUCCACUCAGAGCUGUCAGAGCUGAAGAGGACCUACCAGAGUUUGGAGAUAAAUCGCCAAAGCGUCCUCACAGAGAUCCAGUGCCUGCAGCAAAGUGUGGAGGAAGCCAAGAGUCGGUACAGCGUUCAGCUCAGCCAGCUGCAGGUGACCAUCAACACGCUGGAGACAGAGCUGCAGCAGCUGAGAGUCUCCCUGGAGCAGCAGCGAGCCGAGUACAACCUGCUGCUGGACAUCAAGAUGAGGCUGGAGCUGGAGAUCGCCGAGUACAGGAGGCUGCUGGACGGGGAGCUGCACUAUGAGCAGAAAAAGGCCGUCGUCAUCCAGAAGGUCGUGGAAGAGCACAAGCCCCACAUCGAGAGGAGGGUGAAGACCAUCGUGGAGGAGAUUGUUGAUGGGAAGGUGGUGUCCUCCACCGUCGACACCCAGGUGGAGGACGUUCAGUAACACCUCUGCUCGCCUCUGCUGCAACUAAACUUACACUUUUGCAUUGAUUUGGCCCCCAGAUGUUUUUAAUUGACUCUUAUAAUGUCUGCUUAAUGAAUAAUUCACAAGAAUCACUGGCUUUUUGAGGGGGUUGUGUGUCUUCUUUUAACGUCAAUCAAAUAGCGAGGCUGCUAAAAGUGAUGAUCUUCCCUUUCUCUUUACAUUCCCCCUGAUAAUAUGAGACCAAAUAUGAUUAAAAGCCGGUAAGCAAGGAUGAAAAUGUGUAUUCUUAUCACAAAUGUGUGUUACAAUUGGAUACAUGGAUUUUCCAUUGCCAAAAGCUAAUAAUAGCAUAAUAAAAGCAUCACUAUCUGGACAUACAAAUAAAGCAGGGGUUGUAAAGGGUCAGGUUUUUUAAGGUCAUACACAGGAAAUGAUAAAAACUGGAUAAUGUUCUUGAUGAAUGUGUAUUGAACUCAAUUAAAACGAUAUGCUAAAAAAAGCAAAA